AUGCAAGUCUCUUUCUCUCUCACUCAUGCUCCACCUGAAUAUCUAAACCUUUACAAAUACCAACAAAGAUUUGAAUUUAUAUCUCUGUCCAAUCUCCUUUUUCUUUUUUUUUUUUCUUUUUAUCUUUUUUUUUUUGCUCCUUCAUUUUUUUUGCUUUCCUUUUUUUCUUUUUUGCUUUCCUUUUUUCUUUUUUGCUUUCCUUCUUUUCUUUUUUGCUCCUUUUCUUUUUUGCUUCUUUUCUUUUUUGCUUUUCUUUUUCCUUCUUUGCUUUUUGCUUUGCUUCUUUUCUUUUUUCCUUUUCUUUUUGCUUUGCUUCUUUUCUUUUUUCCUUUUCUUUUUGCUUUGCUUCUUUUCUUUUUUCCUUUUCUUUUUGCUUUGCUUCUUUUCUUUUUUCCUUUUCUUUUUGCUUUGCUUCUUUUCUUUUUUCCUUUUCUUUUUGCUUUGCUUCUUUUCUUUUUUCCUUUUCUUUUUGCUUUGCUUCUUUUCUUUUUUCCUUUUCUUUUUGCUUUGCUUCUUUUUUUUCCUUUUCUUUUUGCUUUUUUCUUUUCUUUUUCCUUUUCUUUUUUUGCUUUGCUUCUUUUCUUUUUUCCUUUUCUUUUUGCUUUGCUUCUUUUUCUUUUUCUUUUUUUUUUUCCUUUUCUUUUUUUUGCUUUUUUUUUUUCCUUUUCUUUUUGCUUUGCUUCUUUUCUUUUUUGUUUCUUUUCUUCUUUGCUUUCCUUCUUUUCUUUUUUGCAUCUUCUUUUUUUUGUUUUCCUUCUUUUCUUUUUUGCUUUUUUUCUCUUUGCUUCCCUUCUUUUCUUUUUGCUACUAGUUUUCUUUUUUCUACAUCUUUUUCUUUAA